UAGUAACCGCGCGCGCACGGUGAAAGCGGGGCUGGAAAGUGGAAACAAACAGCUCGCGCCGUGACACAAUGCCGAGAUAUGUGUCAGCAUUUAUCAUAUCGCGCUUGAUGGGUCAAAAAUACAGUAAAUAUCAUUCAUGUCUCAACGUUCUGCGCUUUAGCAGCGAAUAAUAUGUUUUUUGAGAGAUGCCUGACAUAAAGUUACUCAAGUUUCCUUCAAGUGAAGGAGCAUUCUUACAAGAGCAGGGAGAGAUGGUUAGCUCCAGCAGGCGUCGCAGUUGUGCUCUGGUUAACACUCCAGCACCAUGUGUGAACAAAGCAGUGUCUCACAUCCAGGAACUGAAGUCCAAACUGGAAAGCUGGGGCCAACAGGGUGAUAAUGCUCAGCAUGAAACUGCACAUGAAAACAACCACAGUAUCAUUUGGAAAUGUGUUUCUGCUGAUGGUAAAAAUAAAGAGCUGUGUAUUGAAGGCAUGGGGCUUUAUGCACAAGACAGUGGAGUGUUGCCGUCUCUCUGGACGGAGCCGACAGACGUCCUGAUGGAGGUGAUGAGUUUGAUCGAGCGUCUUGAGUUGGACCGCAGAGAUGCAGAGAAGGCUCUAAAGGAAGAAAAGGAGAAAGCAAAGAAACUUUCAGAGAAACUGGACAGCCUCUGUCUCUGGAAGGAGAAGGAGUUUCCUUUAGCAAUGCAGAGAGAGCGUGAAGCCUGCAGCACAGACAUCGCCGAACUGACGUGGCAACUGAAAAUAAGGAGAGAUCAGUUGCUGCAGGUGAGAGACCGACUGACCCACACGGAGGUGCUGAACCGUCGUCUGAAGGAGGAUAUCGAUUUUAUGAGGAAACACGGGCCGCUCGUUCACCAGAGACUCCAGCUGGAGAGUGAAAUCAUGAAGCAGAUCCAGACAGCACAAAGCGAGGUCAGUGAGACGUUUUCAAACAUCUCUCAGAAGCUACAGAGUCUUCAGGAGGAGUUUCAGAAUGAGGAAUUCAGAGCAGAUCUUAGGAAAGGAGAAAUGAACAAAGGAAUGGAAACGACCAGAAAUCAUCUGAGUGACAAGCAGAGUGAGUUACAGCAGCUGCAGUCACAGUGUGAGGCGUUUCGAAGGAAAAUGAACGAGUCGAUCGAAAAACUAACAUUGAGAGACGACCAAAUCAAAGCCUUGCUGAAAAAGACACGUCAGUUUGAGAGGCAGGAAACAGACGCAAAUGAAGAAGUCAGAACAUUAAAAGCUGAAAAAAAUGAUAAAGAAGAGAAAUUGAUGAUACAGAAGAAUGAUGUAAUGCAGCUUCAAAACCAAAUACAAGCAUCUAAACUUGAAGGUGAUGAAAAGGUGUCAAUGUUGGAUGCAAACUUGAGCCAAAAGCGACAUGACUUAUUGACCCUGCGAGACAAAAACAAAGAGCACAAACUGGAAAUUGAAGACUACAAGAGAAAGAUCUACCAAAGUGAACAGGCUGUGAGAAAGCUACUGAAGGAUCGUGAGCAUGUCCUGCUGAAGAUCAGUUUGAGUGAGAAGCAGUGGAAACCGGUCAAAGACGAGUUUGACCAGGUCUCUGCCAUUCACUCAGACACUAAAGCCAAGCUGGACUGUCUGGAACGCAAAACCUUUUUGGAGGAGCUAAAGAACAGGAAAGAGAUCGACAAAAUGAAGAGCCUGAUAAUGACUGAAAUGACCACCUUAGAUAUUCUCAAGGGUAAUAGGGAUGCAGAGGCAGCCGAAUAUAACCGUGAACAAAAAGACUGUGAGAGGGUGAAAGGUGAGCUGCAGAAAAAGUAUGGAGACGCUUUGUCUACAGCCGCUCAACUGGAGACUGAGGUGGAGCAACUGAGACAGAUGUAUACAGAGAAAUCUGAGAGUAUUGAAAACUUAAAAGCCAAUCUAAGUGACUUGCACACUGCACACAGAAGCCAAUCGGAUGAUUUUGAGAAGAAAAAGAAACACUGUCAGGAAUGUUUUAAUUCUGUGAAGGAAAGCCUUAGUGUGGUGGCAUUGAGGUAUGAGGAGAUUUCAAACCGGAUCAAGGAGCUUGAACUGAAGUUGAAAGAGUUGAAGCAAGAGACAGACAUGAUGGAGCAAACCAUCAGCACCAUGCCACAUCGUAUAGCAGAGCUACAGGGUUUGUCAGACACAAUGGCGUUUAAACAUGGUACAGCCACAGUACUGAUGGGUAACGUGCACAGGGAUAUAGCUUCCUGGAAACAGAGGAAGUCUCAUCACGCACAGAUUCACUCAGCACUGUUCACUCAACGCCAGACUGUCAUGAAGGACACAGAGAUUAAUCUACGGGAAGCCCUAAAAGACAAUCUGAAGUUAGCGCAGGAGUAUCAGGAGCUGCAGAAAGCUCUGAUGAUUGCCAGACAAGAAGCCGUUUAUGUUUUUGACAGAAGAAACAGAGCAGAGGCCUACAUCCAAGAUCACAAGCAGCUUUCUUUGUUGCAGAAGAGGAUGCACAAAGCCAUGCUAAAAUACUUCAAACACCGCAGCGUCUACAGCCAGGCAGAGCUGGCCCGCUUCCAGACCCUCUCCAACCAGAACAACCAGAAAAUGAAAGCCCUCCAGGAGGAGAUGUCAAACGCAAUCCAGCGCCUCUCUGAGUUCCUGCUCUCGCUGACAGAUGACUCAACUAGCAGCCAUGUCCCGCAGCAAGCAAACAGACCCGUCGCAGAUGCCGACGGAUGGAGCAGGAAGACGCCUACAGUUCAGAUAGCGGAGUAAUUGGACGCUCACCUGCGCCAGACAACUUACUUAAACCCCCAGCAUGCUUCACUCUCUCCCCUGUCCGACGCUCACGGCCCAAUCCAUAACAAUGAAGCAGGUGACUUUCAUGCUACUGUCAGGAAUGAUCUAAUUUUAGCGGGGUGAAUGAUUGCAAUUGGCUUUGCCUCAUCAGAUAAUUAAUCUAUGUCACCAUUAAUUGGAAAAGAGAAUAAUUAGGGGGCUGUGUUGACAGAAAUUCUACGCUUCUCUAGAUUCUUGGAUCUAAUUACACCUAUUUAAACCCCUCUGACCUUAACUAGCGGAUAGUAUACCUGCGUAACCCUAACCAGGCUGGGGUUGGUCUCAACCGCCUCUCGCUCGGCGUCCUUUGUCAUUUUUUUCCUCCUUUCUUGCUUGUUUAUCCUCUCUUUUCCUGUCUCCUCAGAGAGCUGUCUCCCUCAAUCACUUUUCAAUAUUCAAUCUUAAUUUUGUGGAAGUUUAGCAUUUUCAAUGAGCUGGAGAUGAAUGAUUAAUGAAUAAAUUUGAAUGCUUCAUUUUGUCCAUGGAUCAUUAGUCAAGUCCUUUGUGGGAAGGACCUGCGAAAAAAAAAAAAAAGAGGGAAAAUUAUUGAGACAUUAGCCUGAAGCAAUCCAGGGGUAAAUAGUAUGCACAGAGGGAUGUUGUGUGAACGCUACCCACUGGCAUUCUGCACAACCCCACGGAAAUGCAAGCCUUCUAAUUUACCCCGCUUCACAAGACUGAUGUGCUCUAUCGACAAAUAGGUUUCAUUUACAAAAAUGAGUUCUCAUUUUGAUGUUUUGGUGUAUGCGUUUUUUUAUAACUUUUUUACUUAUUUAUUUCUUUUACCCUCGUCCCUUGUCGUGCCUCCUCUGGUGAGAUGUCAGAUAACACAAUUAUUAAUCAAAUGUCAGUUAUGAUUGACCGAAACUAUUAUAGUCAAGCAAAGACAUCAGAAAGUGACAGGCAUGCUUUUUGGAAUAUUUAGUAUAAUUGGGAUUUUCUGUUAGGUUGUUCGGUUCAGUUUUACAAUACAGUCUUAGAUAGAUCAUAUGGACUAACAAUGAACAAUGCAUGCAUUUGUCAGUCUAAGUUCAACAUUUACUAAUAUAGUUUUUAAAAGAAGUUAAGAUUAAGAACAUUAAUGAAGACUAAUCAAUGCUGU